GUUAGUCGAAUAACCAGUUCUGAGCUAUCGGGAGUGUCCGAAACCAUGGCCAAGUCAUUCGUUCAAUCUCUCUCAGAGUCAGUUCAACCGAGCUCCGAUACACAAGCCCAUUGAGUAACAUUGUCCCGGAGAACUCCACCAUGGUCUACGCCAUCACUGAGAGAGAAUAUGGAAAAUCUUUGGUCAAACUCCUGCACGUUAAACGAGACGGCCUCGUUCACACCAUAAAAGAGUUCGAGGUUGCCACGAAGCUUAAGCUAAACUCUGAGAAAGAUUACAUUGAGGGUAACAAUGAAGACAUCGUGGCCACGGAUUCGCAAAAGAACACGGUCUACCUCCUGGCCAAGCGAUUUGGUGUGUCUAACCCCGAAAGGUUUGCUCUUCUCUUGGCUCGACACUUUCUGAAUCAAUACAGCCAUGUGGUUCGAGCUAAGAUCGAAGUGGUGGAACAUCCUUGGAAGAGGAUCACAUACAGCAAAAAUGGGCCCCAACACAACCAUGCCUUCGUCUCUGUUCCAGAUUGUGAACGAUCUGCCAAGGUAACUCUUGUCCGGAACGGCACGGCUCAAGUUGAAUCAGGAUUGAACAAGUUGCAAGUCCUGAAGACCACGCAGUCAGCCUUUGUCAACUUUUACCGAGAUGAAUUCGCUUCCUUGCCGGAUAUGGAGGAUCGCAUAUUCUCCACAGUGGUCAAGGCCAAUUGGACGUAUGACACUAUAGCCAACGUUAAUUUUGAUCAAGCCUUUGAAAAGGUGAAAUUAGCCAUCUUAAGAGGGUUUGCGGGAUGUCCCGAUCGUGGUGUAUACUCGCCCUCUGUUCAACAAUCCAUGUAUCUGAUUCAAAAGGAUAUAUUGGACCAAAUCCGUCAAUUAAGAGACGUUUACAUGCAGAUGCCCAACAAGCAUUAUUUCUCCGUGGACUUGUCCAAGUUUCCCCGUGUUGGAUCCAAGACCAAUGACGAGGUCUUUUUGCCCGUGGACAAGCCCUCUGGCAUGAUUGAAGCCACCCUGGCCAGGAACGAUUUCAGAGCUAAAAUGUAAUUGAAUGCAUUUCGUGCUCAUCGAGGAAAACGUUACAAAGGAUAUGUGGUUGUUGUUUUUAUUCCGGGCCUCACACCCUUGUGAAAAAAAAAUGGUCAAGUUAAAAGAAACAGGAACACGAAUAGAUAUGAUUAAGGUUUA